AUGAAAUAAAAGAUUACAUCAUCGCUGAUAGUAUUCUUAAUAUGUCUUUUGACAGUGAAUAGCAAGUCAACUGGAUGCUGUAAUUUAUCAUCUUAUACUUGUAGUUUCAAAAGUGGAGCAAUUAUAAUUAUUUCCAACAAAAGGAGAAAAAUUGUAAAUUAAUCUUCGUGAUAAUAUUUUUGAUGGUGAAGAUCUCACUUAUGAAUUAUAAGACACAUAUUUUAAGAUUGUUAAUCCAGUAACAAAUACUGGAGGUAUAUCAAGUCAUAUAUCAUGUAUAUUCACAUUUAAUUGAUUUAGCUGCUUCAAAUAUUAGGGCAGCAAAACCAUAUCACACAAAGAAAAUGUAAUCAUGGUUAAAUUCAUUUGUAUUCCUUGAUUAAAGUGCAACAGAAGUGUCUAUAUAUUUUUCUGAAGGGUAAUUAUAUAUAUAUAGAUAUUAGAACUGCUUUAGAUAAAAUUCCAACUCCAGAUUUCAAAACUAAAGUUAAGAUUGCAACUGUGACUAAUAAUCUAUAAUGUUAUGAUGUAGAAUAUAUUGACAAUGAUAAAUUUAUAGUAGAUUGUUAAAAAGAAGUAAUUGAAAAAUAAAUCACAAAAUAAAUUGAUGUAUUCUAUAUUUACUCAAAAUAAACAAAAAAAAUAACUUCGUUUGAUGAUGAAGCAUCUGUCAAAAUAUAUAAUUAAAGACGUAUAGGAUUGUAUUACUCAACAAGUGCAUUAGGAAAAGAAACUACUUAUAUUGUUAGAGUUACACCAACAUAUUCUUUGAAUCCUACAGAUUAAUUAUCUGGAAAUUCAAUUGUAUAAGUUUAUGCAUUAAGUGAAAAUUAUUAACCUAUGUCAAGAAAUUAUAUUUUAGAUAAUGUUACAAUGGCAUUGUUGUUAGGAAAAGUUGAAAUUGAACUUUCUAUAGUUGAUUUUGAAAUCUCUUAUAAUGGAUUUAUUUUUUUAUUGGAUGCUUAAUAUGGUCUUUUUGUUGUCAGAUUCUAACCAACUGGAUAAUGGGAAUUAUUUGCUUCAGUUGAUUUUUAAUAAGGAAGAUUAUAUUCAUUUGAUAUAGAUUAUGAACAUAAAAAGGAUGGUUCUGAACUAGGAGUGAUUGCUAUUCUUGGAUACAAUUUCUUUGCUAUAUUGGAUGCAGAAAAAUCUUAUGUUCAUAAUCUUCCAUUUUUUUAAUUUGAAUAUCCAACCACUAUUAAAAUAUCAUAAGAUAAUAUUAUUAUUAGAAAUGAUAAAUAAACAUAUUUUUAUAAACUUGAUGUAGAUACUGAUAAAAUCUAUUUAAAUUAUAAAUAAGAAAUACCUAUUAGUGAUGUCUUAUUGAUUAAUCCAUAAGAACCAGAUUUAAUCCAAAUUAGCAUCAAAAAUUCUUAUAGAUAUACAAUUUCAAAUGGAUAUUUGUAUUAUUCUGGAAGUGAUAAAGUAUAGUAGAAGAAAGUUGUGGUUAUCAAAGCCAAAACUUCAAGUAAAGAAGAAUGCACUGUUUAUCUUUCAUAUUAAAUUAUUGAAGAUAAUGAGAAUUGGAUUUAUCAAUUAUUUGAUUAACCUAUGCCUUUUCCAAAUAUAAUUGCAGAAGGUUAAUCUCAAUCUAUAUUGAAAAAAUUAGCAUCAGGUCCAAAUCUCUAAUAUAGAUUACUUAAAUCAACUUAAUUAGAAGACACAGAUAUUACAUCUACCAUUAGAUCAAGAGUAGAAUUAAGUUUAAAUAAUGAAUAACCUAAAAAUGUUGUUUAUGCAGAAAUAAUAUCAACUGAAGAUGAUACUAUAUUCUAUUAAGUUUUGUAAACUGAAAAUAUGAAAAUAUAAAUAUUGAAUUGUGUUCAUAAUUCUAUUUAUAUUGAUGCUACAUUUUGUGAUAUUUAUGUAGAUGAUUUAGGUAUUACAACUAAAGUAAAUAAAUAAAACUUUUCAAUAUGGGUCAAAUAUAAUGUAAUAUAUUUCAUGUAUAUUGAUACAUAAUAUAAUGUUGUAAUUAGAUCAAUACAUAAUGGUGUAAUAACUCCAGUUAAAACAAUAUAAUUAGAUCCUACAGUCACUGCUAAUAAGAUUUUAAAUAUUUUAAAUUGUGGAGAUUAUCUUUUAAUUCAUAUAUCUAAUAAUGAUAUCCUUACAUUCUUAAUAUAUAGACCUGAACUUUUUGUACUUACUACUUUAAAUAAAAAUUCAUUCUAAUUAUAUGGUUAUAAUGAAGAUUGGGAACCAAAAGCACUCUUUACAAAUAAAAAAUUACAUCCAAAUAUUUUAUUUAUUUAACACAAAAAUCAUAUUUUAAUAUUAGAUACUGACUUUGGUUUAUUCUCAUUUAUUAAAACUAUAUAAAUUACUCCAAAUUUAGAUUAUUCAAUUGCUAUAGGAAAAGAAACAUUCUUUGUUGUUCAAGGCAAAUCAUCUAAUGAUAUCAAAGAUGCUUAAAUCUAUGAAUACAAUUUUGCAGAUAUAAAUCAUGUUUAUUUAUAGAAGAAAUUAUACUUAUAUUGGUAUGAUAUAUCCACUCCUUUAAAUGUUGAUUAUAGUGAAGAUACUGGUCAUUUGUUUGUUAGAGGUGUUUGUCUAUAUUGUAAUAAAUCCUUUGUUUUAGUAUUUUAACCUAAUACUCCUCAACAUGAGGCCUUAGUCUAAGCUUGGGAUAUUGCUGAUACUCUUAUUCCUGAUUCAAAAUCAAUAUUAAUUGCUGCAAAUGGAUUCCAUUAAAUUUAUUUAUAUUUAAAUGUUGAAGGAGAACAAUCUCUCUUUGCUGUUUAUGAUUAAACAACACUGAUUGUAUAUUCCAAAAUCUAAUAAGAUGUUUAUUCAAAUAAAUAUCAAUUAAAUUUUUAGAUUAGAAAUUAUAAUUUCUAAGGUAAACCAGAAAAAUUUAACACUAUCGAUAUCAAUUAAUAAAUUACUACCAUUUCUUCUUUAACUUAAAUUAAAUUAAAUCAAAAUGAUUUCCCUUUUUCUAAAGUACCUGUAGAGAUCUAUUCAACUGAUGAAACUAAAACCUUUGAUUUAGGUCAAAAUUGGUAUUCUGGUUAAAUUGGAAAUUUUGAAAUUGAUUGUGACUAAUGUGAAACAAAUAUUGAAUUAUAAAGUACUUUUGAUUUAAUCAAUCCAAAAAUAUUUAAUGGUUAUGAAAUUAGAGAUCAUAUCAGAUAUAAUACAGAUUUCAAUAUCAUGUAAGCUACAACAGGUUUAAUAUUUGUAAAUCUUGAUAAUACUUUAGCUUCUGUCUAUGAUUUUGAUUUGCCUAAUAUUAAUUAUCAAUGCUAUUAAACUACUGUUUCUGAAGAUAAAAUGAUUAUUUAUUCAUUAUGUAAUGAUGGAACAGAAUUCACAGUUUAUGCUACUGGUUGUUUUUCUAUAACAGGAUGUUCUCCAUUAGGUGAAAAAUUCAAACUUGGUAUGGCAUCAAAAAUUCAAAUUAUUUCAAAUGAACUUUUAGUUGUUUUACAUACAGAUAUAAAUAAUCCAGAACUUGUUUAAGAAGGUAAAAUUGUACUUUAUAAAAUUGUUAUGGGAUUAUAAGCAUGGAAACUUGAAGUCAUAGAAAUUAUUGAUUUAAAUUAUCUUAAUUCUAAAUUAACAACUCCUUUAAAUGAUUUCAGACCUGCUGAUUUUUCAAUUGUUAAAUAAAAAUACUAUCAAUAAAAUAAAUAUUCUUAUAAAUUGUUUAUAAGUGAUUCAAAUAUUGGUUUCAUUUUUAUAGAUUUCUCAUUUUCAAACCUACCUCAAUAUGUAUUUUUAUCUAUUGAAACACUUAAUCUUCAUGAUUACUUAAAUAAGUAAGUUGGCUAAUACACACUUCCAACAACUAAAUUCUUAUCAUUCUAAUUUAUUUGGGAACCCAUUUUUGAUUGGAGUUCUAAUUAAUUGAGAACUUAUCUAAUUAUUUUGACUACUGAUGCUUCUUAAUAUGGAUUCAAAUUCGAUUUUGCUGGUUAACCUGCAUAUAAUACACUCCUUACUGCUAAAGCAUUAUCUGCUGUCAUUGUAAGAUAUGGAGAUUGGGUUCCAAUGAAUAAAUUAGCCAUCCAUAAUAAAUAUUUAUAAUUAGCUAUUCCAUAUAAAAAUGAAAAUUAAAUUAUUGUCGCUGUCUAUGAUAUUGAUAUUGUAACAACUAAUGAUUUUUCAACUAUUGUUCCUACAAUUAGUGUUGGCACCUAUAAUAUAUUUUAUGAAUAAGCUUAAUGGAUAAAUCCUUUAAAUUUAGCUAUGUUUUUUGCUAAAUAGGAUAAACUCCUUUUUGUAUCCUAAUUAUAAGGACCACUUUAAAGUUAUGGAAUCUAUAGAUCUCCAAUUCUAAUAUUGAAAAAUCAAGAUAAAGCACUAAAAAGCUAAGAAAUUACACUCCUAGCUAAAAAUAACUUUUCUGAAGAAAAAUUAAAAUUCAAAUUAAUUGUUCAAGAGGUUGAUACUAAUGAAUGUAUUGCUAAGAUAACUAAUCUCAUGAUUUACCCAUCAACUAAUGAAGUUAUGUAAUGGAAUUUAUCAUAAAAUUUAUUUGAUGGUGUUUCUUUAAAAUAUAAUAUAGAUUAAAUAGAUUUUGAAAUAAUUUAAAAUAGUUAAUAAAUAGGAUAAUAUAUAAAUCAUAAAUAAAGUAAUAAUAUAUAAUAUAUAAUUAAUUAGUUGCAACAUAAAUUAUUUAAGCAAAAGCAUUAAUUACAUAAAAUAGAGCAUGGUCUAAUUAAUUUGCAUUUUUAAAUAAAGAUAAUUCAAAAUAUUCAAUAUUCUAUACAAAUAAGUAAUUUAUAUAUUUAUAUAUAUAAUUAGACCUACAUUUAAUAAUGCACCAUCAUUUAAUUAAAUAAUUAAUAUUAAAAAAACAGAUAUUAAUCUAAAUUGUAUAGAUUUUCUAUAAUUAUCAUCAAAUUCAUUUAUUAUUGAUUGUUAAAUCUAAAAUCAUAAAUUCUUAUUAUUAAUUUAAUCAAAUUAAGAAACUUAAACAGCAUUAAUUGCUAAUACUUAACUAAAUAGAGCUUUGGAAACUUAUUGGGUCAAGAAUAAUUAAUUUGUUUUAAGAGUGACUCUUUCCAUUACAAAUGAUGGCUAAUUAGCAAAUGAUUCAUUUGUUGAAUUAUUUUAAUAUGUUAAUGGUGAAAUUUAAUCCAAGUAAACAUUAGAUAAAAGUAUAUUAUCGAAUAUUUCUGGAAAAUAAAUUAAUUAAUUAAAUAUUAUUGAUUUUAAAAUUGGAUUGAAUGGAUCUAUUUAUUUAUUAGAUGCUAAAUUAGGCAUCUUUAUUGUUAAUUUUGAUACAGAAUGGAGAUUUUAAAAGUUGAUUACAUUUAAAUUUGGCUAAGCCUUUGCAUUUGAUAGAACUUUACUUAAAAACUAAUAAGAGGCAUUUGUUAUUCAAGGAUACAAUUACUAUUUAAUAAUUGAUUCUGAUGGACAAACUAAAAAGGUUUAAGAUUUAUAAUUCAAUUGCAUAACAUACCCCUAAUCUAUUUAAGCCAGUUCUAAUUAUAUAUUUGUCAAAAAUUCAGCUUCGUUAUUUGUUUAUCAUUCUGAUGAAAACAAUAGUGGUUUAAUUGAUAUCAUUGAUUUAACAAAUAGUGCUUCUAUUGUAAAUCCCUUCAUUCAAGAAAUUGUGACUAUUUCUCUCAAAACAUCAGCAAGAUGGAAUAUUAGCUUAGGAUCACUAAGAUUCAAAGGAUCAAAUCAAGCAUCUUAAGAAUUUAAAGAUUUAACCAUAACAGCUAACUCUUAACACAAUCUAAAAUGCUCUACUAAGAUAUAAUAUUAAGUUAUUGAAAGUAACAGCAAAGCUCCAAUUAAGAAAAAUAAAUCUGAUUAACCAUUUCCAUAAGUUUUUGAUGAACUAUUUGAAUAAUUCUAAUUAGGUAACAUUAUAUCAGGACCCAAUCUUGAGUAUAACUUAUCCUUACCAAAAAUGCCUGUAGAUUAUAGUGCUUAAGUUGUAUAAAAUAGAGAAAUAUAAGUUACUAAUUGGCCUAAAACUACUAUAUAUAGUACUGAAUUAGUUGCAAAUGAUAGAGAAACCUUAUUCUAGAUAUUCCAAACUUAAGAUAAGUUGUUAUCAAUUUAACUUUGUGUAUUAACAGAUCAUGUUAAAUAUGUUUGUAAGAAUUAUGGAAGUGUUUAACUUUAAGAACCAAUUUCUGAAUAAUUAUUCAGUAUAUGGUAAGAUAGUGAUAACAUUGUCAGAUUUAUAACCAUAUCAUCUUUAUAUAAAAUAACAGCUUAUUCAAAUGCAGAUGGGAUUGUAAUUGAAGAGAAAUCUGUAACAUUUACAUAAUAAGAUGGUUAAUAAAUAUUAAGUAUUUUAAAUUAAGGAGAUUAUUUAUUUAUUUUAUAAAAGAAUGGAGUAUUAAGUAGUUAUUAAAGUGAAUUAUUCAGUUUUGUGAAUAGUAUAAAUGGAAAUGAUUUAAUUGGAUUUAGUGGAUAAUGGAAACCUUUAAAAUUAUAUGGAAAUAGAAUUUUAAAAUCAAAUAUUUUGUUUGUUCAAAAUGAAAAUAAUAUUGCCAUCAUCAAUUAUAUCAAUACAGAAUUCAUUUUCAUUUAAUCUAUAGAUUAUACUAUUAAUAAUUAAAUCUACAUUUCAGCUGCUAAGAAUUCAUUCUUUUUAGUUAUAAAUAAAGAAAUAUUUGAAUAUAAUUAUCAAAAUUUAUUAAAUAUUUACAAAUCAAAAACAGUAGAAUUAUUUGAAUAUUCAAUUGUUAAUCCAUUAGUUGUAACAUCUUAAUUAUCAACUGGUAAUCUAGUUAUUAAAACUACUAAAACAUAAGAUGUUUAUUUAAAUAUAUAUAGACCAUCAUUAACACAACAUGAUACAUUUUAUUUAGCAUUUAAAUUAAAUGGAAUAAAAUAAGAUGACUAAUUUUAAUUAUCAUUAGGAGGUUCUCUAUAUAUCAUAACUUUUGCAAACGGAUAGAAAAUUUAAUAAUUAAACUUUAUCUUACUCAAUCCUGAAUUGAUUAUUAUACCAACAAAAAAACUAUAAAAAUUUGUUUCAAACUUCUUAGUUAUUAUGGAUAUAAUGAAUGGGGAUGACAAAACAUAAAAAGUGCAUUAUGAAUAAAAUGUAAAAGUAGCAAAUACUAUGACUAAUCUGAUUAUAAAUGAUGAUGAUUAUUUGAAAUCAAUUGAUAUUUACGAAAAUGAUGGAACAACUGAAGUAGCAAUUAGAUCUGAUUGGAUUGGAGGAUAAAUAAUCAAUACAGAAUUAUCUUUAUCAGCAAUCAAUGAUGAUAUUACACUAUUACCAUAUGUUAGUUAAGAAAAGGGUGUCUUAAUGGAUUACUAUAUAUUUGAUGUAGCUAAACCUUUUACUGUUACAUUUUUAUAGGCUUCAAAUACAGUAUUGUCCUUUAAGGGAGAUGACUUAAAAAAUGCCCAACCUGUUCUACCAAAAUUAUCUGAACAAUACAAAUGUUAUAGAUUAACAGCUGAUUUAACAAGACUCUAUUCACUUUGUAAUAAUGGUGUAGAAGAUUAAAUAUAAGUAGCUAGUUGUAAUGAUAAAUAAGAAUGUAAAAGAGAAAAUGCUUAUAUUUCAGUACCAUUUGCAACUUAAAUAGUUACUUUAGCUUAAGAUAUUGUUGUUAUAUUACAUACAGAUUCAUUAAAUCCUGAAAAUUAUGAUGGAUAUAUUACAAUUCAUAAAUUAAUAUCAAUUGAUGGAAUAUGGUCAUAAAAUCUAUUAUUUACUAUUGAUUAUCAAUUCAUAUAAUCUAAAUUAGGAGCAUAAACACCUAAAUCAUUUAGACCAUCUUCAUUUGUCCAUUCACCAACAGGAAAUAAUGUUUCUGUAUACUAUUUAUAAUUGAUUAUUACAGAUAGUGUAAAUGGUUUAUUGUUUGUUGAUAUAACUCUUUCUAAGACUACUUCCGAAGUAAAGUAUUAGUUUUUAGAAUAUCAGCUUUUAAAAGAUUGGCUAAAUAUUGAUCAAUAUGCAAGUGAUGCAACACAUUAUUAUUAAGCUCAAAUCAUUUCUUAAUAAGUUGAAUAUCCUACUAAAAAAACUGUUAAAUUAGUUCUUGUAACUGAUAUUUCAUCUUCAUAUGUGUUUGAAUUAGUUUUUGCAAUAUAAGCUAAUGUGUCUAAUAAAUUAAGUUCAAUAAGAACUAUUUUUACAUUAAAUAGAUAUGGUAAUUUCAAGGCUUUGAAUUAUGUUUCAGCUUCAUCAUCUUCAAUAGCAAUUCCUUAUGUAAAUAACAUAGAGGUUAUUAUUGGAGUUUAUAAGAUUCCAACUGAUUAGGAAAAUGCUGCAGUCUAAACUAUAUAGGGUUCUCAUACAUUUCCAACCUUUAAAAAAUUAAUCACACCUCAAGAUUUCUUACUUUAUAAUUCAGAUAAUUUAUUAUUAACAAGUACUUCUACUGUUGGAGUCUAUUAAAAUUAAGUAAGAUAUCAAUAAAUAUUGAAAUUUGGGGAUCCUAAGAAAUUACAUAGUCAAAAGCUCUCUUUAACUUUUUAGAAUGAUUUUAGAAGAGUCGUCAGAACAAUCAAUUUAUCAAUAAUCCCCGUUGAUAAAGACGAAUGUAGAACUAAGAUGACAGAUCUUAAGAUAUAUCCUUCAUAAGGUGAAGUUAUGUAAUGGAAUUUAUCAUAAAAUUUAUUUGAUGGUGUUUCUUUAAAAUAUCAUGUAGAUUAAAUAGAAUUUGAAAUAAUUUAAAAUAGUUAAUAAAUAGGAUAAUAUAUUAAUCAUAUAUAAAGUAAUAAUAUAUAAUAUAUAAUUAAUUAGUUGCAACAUAAAUUAUAUAAGCAAAAGCAUUAAUUACAUAAAAUAGAGCAUGGUCUAAUUUAUUUGCAUUUUUAAAUAAAGAUAAUUCAAAAUAUUCAAUAUUCUAUACAAAUAAGUAAUUUAUAUAUUUAUAUAUAUAAUUAGACCUACAUUUAAUAAUGCACCAUCAUUUAAUUAAAUAAUUAAUAUUAAAAAAACAGAUAUUAAUCUUAAUUGUAUAGAUUUUCUAUAAUUAUCAUCUAAUUCAUUUAUUAUUGAUUGUUAAAUCUUAAAUCAUAAAUUCUUAUUAUUAAUAUAAUCAAAUUAAGAAACUUAAUAUUUUCCAGUUGAAAGUCUCUUUUUAAAUAGAGUUAUGGAUACAUAUAAGAUUAAGGAUGAUUAAUAUGUUGUAAGAGUUACUUUAUCAAUUAAUAAUGAAGGGCAAUUAGCCAAUAAUUCCUUUGUUGAAUUGUUCUAAGUUACAAACGAAGGUUUAAUCAGUAAAACAACAUUAGAUAAAACUAAAUUAAUUAAUAUUUCUGGAAAAUAGAUAAAUUAAUUGAAUAUAGUUGAUUUUAAAAUUGGAUUGAAUGGAUAAAUCUAUUUACUAGAUGCUAAAAUAGGAAUCUUUGUUGUAUUUUUUGAUACAGAUUGGAAAUUUUCUAAAUUUAUUGGAUAUAAUUUUGGAUAAAGUUUUGCAUUUGAUAGAACUGUGUUUAGUAAUAAUGAAGAAAUGUUUGUAAUAAAGGGUUAUAAUUAUUAUGGAGUAAUAAAUUAAGAAGGAAAAAUUAAAAAAGUAUAAGAUUUGCCAUUUGCAAGUGUAACAUAUCCUUAAUAAAUUAUGUUAAGUCAUAAAUAUGUGUUCUUGCAUAAUCAAGGAAAUCUAUAUAUAUAUCAUUCUGAUGAGGAUAAUAGUAGUUUGAUAGAUAUUAUGAAUGUGUCAAAUGGAGCUGGAAUAGUAAAUCCAAAUAGUUAAGAUAUUGUUAUACUAUCCCUCACAUCUUCUUCAGCAUGGACCUUUAGUUUAGGAUAAUUAAAAUUUAAUGGAAAUGCAUAAGCAAGUACAAAUUUCAAAACUUUGACAAUUUCAGCUAAAUCUUAACACAAUUAAGUUUGUUAUUCAAGAAUAUUCUAUUAAGUAUUGGCUAGCAAUAGUGUGACAAUCUUUAAAAAGAUUGAUACUGAGACUCCAUUUCCAAAAGUAUUGGAUGAGAAUGAUGAACAAGUAAAAUUAGGAAGUUUGGUUUCAGGUCCUAAUUUAAUUUAUGAAAUUGUUCAACCUAAAUAACCAUUAACUUUGCAUUCUAAUAAUUUUAUGAACUUAUUUACAGAACCAGAUUUAGAUGUCUUUGCUUAGAUUGCACAUUAGAGAACAAUAAAAGUGAAUAAUUGGCCUAAAAAAUCAUUAUAUUAGACAUCUCUAAUUGGCAAUAAUUAAGAAACUCUAUUCUAAGUAUUUUAAUAAGAAGAUAAGAAAGUUAUUAUUUAAACUUGUGAGUUGACUGAUCAUGUAAGAUAUGAAUGUAAAGAUUUUGGAAAUGUUUAAGUUAAGGAAUAAUUAUCAGAUUAACUUUUUAGUAUAUGGUAGGAUAGUGAAAAUAUAGUUCAUUUCAUAAUAUUAGAGACACCAUUUAUUAUUAAAUUCUUCAAAAUAAAAAAUAGUCAAACUGUUUAAUAAGGAUUUAUUAAAUUAAAUGAAAAUGAAGAGAAAGAUGAAUUAAAAGUAUUAGCAUUUUAAAAUCAAGGAGACUUUAUAUUUUUAAUUUAAGAAAAUGGUGAAUUGUCAUCAUAUUCUACUGAAAAGUUUACAUUAAUUAAUAAAGUUACUGGAGUAAAUUUAAUUGGAUUCUAAGGUGACUGGAAACCAAUUAAGUUAUAUGGUAAUAGAAUUUUAAGAUAAAAUGUUAUAUUUGUUUAAAAUGAAAAUAAUGUUGCAAUUAUCAAUUACAGUAAUCAAGAAUUCAUUUAUGGAUAGUAGAUAAAUUAUACUAAGGGCAAUUAAAUAUACAUAACUUAAUCAGUAAAUUCAUUCUUUUUUGUAAAUAACAAAGAAUUGAGUGAAUACAAUUAUGAAAUGGUUAACAAUGUUUUCAAGUAAAAGACUGUUGAAUUAUUUGGAUAUUAAAUAACUAAUCCUUUAGGUGUCUCAUCACACUUAUAAACAGGUAUUCUAAUAAUUAGAACAAUAAAAAAUGAUAAUGUAUAUUUGAACAUUUUCAAACCAGAUUAAUUAUAACAUGAUACAUUUUAUUUGGCUGUUAAAAUUAAUGCUAAAGUUGAUGAUAUAUUUACAGUAUCUGCAUGUGGAUCAGAUCCAAUAGGAUCAGCUUAUAUAAUUACUCUAGUAAAUAGCGAAGUAGUAUAGUAAUUAGAUUUUAUUGUACUUGAUCCAUAAUUGAUUCUUAUUCCAAAUAAAUAAAAACAAAAAUAUCUUACUGAUUAUGAAAUUACAAUUAAUGUUAAGAAUGCUGAUUCCUAAAAUAAUAAUUUACUUCCAUUCACAUAAAAGGUUAAAGUCAUCAAUACAUUUACUAAUUUAAUUGUUGAUAAUACAAAUUAGAUUUAAUAAAUAGAUAUUGAACCAAAAUAAAAUUCAACAUCUAUUAAGUUAAAAAAUGGAUGGAUAAAUGGAUAAUAAGCUUAUUGUACAUUAAAAUAAGAAAAAGCUAAUGAUAUAGUUUUAUAAUCAUAUCUAUAAGAAACUAAAAAAGAAGCACUUACAAAUCACUAAAUCAAAGAUGUUUCAACAUUCUAAAAGAAUGUAAUUCUUUAAGCUAAAAACACAGUUCUAUUAAUGAAAGAUAAUAAAUUAGAAGAAAGCAAACCAAUUCUUGAUAUUUUAGGCUAAGAAUACGAUUGUUUCAGAAUAACAUCUUAUGAAAAAUCUAUAUAUUCACUUUGUAAUAAUGGAGUUGAAGAUUAAAUAUAAGUAGCUAGUUGUAAUGAUAAAUAAGAAUGUAAAAGAGAAAAUGCUUAUAUUUCAGUACCAUUUGCAACUUAAAUAGUUACUUUAGAUUAAGAUGUUGUUGUUAUAUUACAUACAGAUUCAUUAAAUCCUGAAAAUUAUGAUGGAUAUAUAACAAUUCAUAAAUUAAUAUCAAUUGAUGGAAUAUGGUCAUAAAAUCUAUUAUUUACUAUUGAUUAUCAAUUCAUUUAAUCUAAAUUAGGAGCAUAAACACCUUAAUCAUUUAGACCAUCUUCAUUUGUCCAUUCAUUGACUCAUUCUGAUGAUAAUUUAUUUGCAUUUUAAUUCAUAAUAUCUGAUAGUGUAAAUGGAUUAUUAUUUAUUGAUUUAACUUUUUCAAAGACUACAUUUGAUAUCAAAUUUUUAUUUAUGGAGUAUUAGUUACUUAAUAAAUGGUUGAAUGAUAAUAAACAAUAUGCUAAUGAUUAUACUCAUUAUUAUUCUAAUAAGAUUAUAGAAGAAUCAAUCAAGGAUAAAAUCAAGACUAUCACAAUAGUGGUUGUUACUGAUAAUUCUUCAUCUUAUAUUUUUGCUCUUACAUUUGCCAUUUCUGAUAAUCAUUCAAAUAAGUUGACAGAUACUAAAGUUAUAGCGGCUCUGAAUAGAUACGGAUCAUGGAAAGCAUUAAACACUUUGGCUGCUAAUAAAUAAUCAGUUGUUUUGGCAUUUGUGCAUAAUUCUAAAGUUGUAGUUGGUGUUUAUCACAUUUCAGAUAAUGCUGUUUAAGCAAUUAAAGGUUCCUUUUCAUUUACUAUUGCUGGAACAUCAAAAUUGGAACCAAUUGAUUUCCCACUUUAUUUACAAGUAAUUAUUUAUUAUUAUACUUUAGGAUUCAACUUUGAUAUCAAGUAAAGCCAAUAAGGGAUUAAAUCAAUAUGAGAUCAGAUAGGAUAUAAGUUUGAACUUUGGAGAAAGUGCCAAACUUGAAAACCAAACUUUAACAAUAACCUUUUCUAAUGAUUACAGAACUGUCUCUAAAUAAAUUAAAUUAAAUAUCAAACCAGACGAUGAUGGUGAUGAUGACGGAGGUUCAAGUUCUAAAGCUUGGUGGAUCACACUCAUUGUAGCUGGAUCUUUGCUUAUACUAGGUUUGAUAGGAUUUUUAUUCUACAAAAAGAGAAAUUAUCAAGAUGAAGAUUAAGAUGAUCAAGAAUCUGGUUUAAUGCAUGUAAAUUGA